CAACAACAUCUCGCCUCAGAUCUGCCACUGAUCGCGUGUAUUCUCGCAAAAACACCCGGACUCGUGAAAGCGCUCUUACGAAAACAGACAUGUCUCUGGCUGCGGGGAGGUUCUACUCGGCCACUCGCCGUCAGGCAUGCGGAACCUGGCUCAGGCCAUAUUCAGCGGCUCUUACCAGCAAGCCGAUUCUACAGUCAGCUUUGCGCAGGAGCUUCGUUUACUCGGCGAGAUGCAACUCGCACACGCUGGAUAUGUCCGACAAGGACUUGGCCAAAUUGAAGGUCAAUCAGGCUCGCCUGAUGGAGGACCUUCACCACACUUGCUCUUUCGGAACCGGAGAGCGUUGGGGAAAACAGUCCACAGAAACAGGCAUGCACCGUCUGUCCCUCACAGACGACGAUAAGCAAGCCCGAGACUGGUUUGUCGCCACAACGAAAGCCCUAGGCUGUCACGUAACCGUAGACGCCGUAGGCAACAUCUUCGCCGUGCGCCCAGGACGCCGCGAAGGCCCACCAACGUUCACCGGUUCACACUUAGACACACAACCCACAGGCGGCCGAUACGAUGGGAUCCUCGGCAUUAUUUCCGGAGUUGAGAUGCUCAAGGUGCUCAGUGACAGUUGGGUAGAGACGGAGUUCCCAGUAGGAGUGGUAAACUGGACGAACGAGGAAGGCGCCCGCUUCCCCAACUCCAUGAUGGCGUCGGGCGUGUGGGCCGGCACAAUCCCACUCGACAGCGCCCACAACCUGCAGGAAGUGGGCGGGGGCACCGCAACCGUGAAGUCUGAGCUCGAGCGCAUCGGCUACCUGGGCCAGACGCCAGCGAGCUAUGAAGCGACGCCCAUGGCCGCGCACUUCGAGCUGCACAUUGAGCAAGGCCCGGUUCUCGAGGCCGAGAAGACGCGAAUCGGGGUGGUCGAGGGCGUGCAAGCAUAUAGAUGGUUUACCGUCGACGUGGGGGGAAGAGACUGCCACACAGGCACCACGCCCUUCAAAGCGCGUUCCGACGCCCUCCUCACAGCCAGCAAGCUCAUUCUGCACUCCCACCGCCUUGCAACCGCACACUCCGCUCUCGCUAGCACCGGCAUUCUGACUCUGACCCCGGGCAGCACAAACACAGUGCCGAACCACGUGCGCUUCAGCUUGGACAUUCGUUCUCCGUCUGACGACACGCUCGACGCGCUCGAAGCUGCGCUGAAAGCCGACUUCGCAGCCAUCGCGGAGGGGCGCCCCACGCCACUGCGCAAGGGCGUCAAAGGCGUCAAGGAGGGCCUCGGCAGCGUCCUCGACGUCAACGACGGCUGCACGAAAGGCAAACCUUGUGAUGUUACUUGGCGCACCGAUAGUGUUUCCCCCGCUAUUCGCUUCCAUGAGGACACUAUCCAGUGCGUGCGCGAUGCUGCUGCCGCCGCUGGCCUCGCUACCCGUGACUUGACGUCUGGCGCUGGCCAUGAUAGCGUGUAUACGUCGCGGCGCUGCCCUACGAGCAUGAUUUUCAUCCCUUGCCGUGAGGGUAUCAGUCACAAUCCGACUGAGUACGCGACCCCGGAGGAUUGCGCUGCCGGUGCGCAGGUCCUACUAAGCAGUGUUUUGGCUUAUGACCGGUUGAGGUCCAAGAGACGGGUUACGUGGGCCCAAGAAGAGAGACACGUUUGACGGGAUGUUGGUGUGUAAGGGGGUUAUCUCCGAAAGACCGGUCCCUUCCCUUCCAUGUAGGAUUGGCGAUCCUGCACGAAUCCUUAGUCGAACCACGGGAGAACGCGGAUUGGUUCCUCGGGCGGGCAUCCCAGGAGCAGAUCUGUGGGCUUCCCCUGGCUAAUGAGCAACAAUUGUCCGCGGUUCAAAGUGGUUGCAGCCAGAACAUGGGGUAAUCUUAAUGAGAGCAGACACAUUGACGAAUAUGAAAUUGUCGAAGCAGUAGACGUGUCAAUUAUUUUGCAGUUUGCCGUGAAGUUUUCGGGUACAAUCGAUCCAAUCCAGGUUUCCUCCCAAUGCCGAUAGCACCUGUGCU